AUGACCACCUCCUCUACAGGGACCGGAACAACGGUCCAUUAUAGCCCCUCGACCAAAGAUAGUUUCCAUCUCAAUAUCCCCAAGAGCCUUAAUGGCUCUGCUCUAGACCUCAGGCGUGCAGGCACCUUUCGUAGGACAUAUUCCUCCAACUCGAUCAAGAAAAAAUCGAUCGAGGUCGCACCCAGCAGCUUUGUCAAGAUUCGAAUGCUUGGCAAGGGCGACGUGGGGAAGGUCUAUCUCGUUCGCCAGAAGGAGACGGAUCGUCUUUAUGCUAUGAAAGUGCUUUCGAAGAAGGAAAUGAUUAAGCGCAACAAAAUCAAAAGAGCAUUCGCAGAGCAGGAGAUUCUAGCCACAUCCAACCACCCAUUCAUUGUUACAUUAUACCACUCUUUUCAGUCAGAGGAAUAUCUCUAUCUCUGUAUGGAAUACUGCAUGGGAGGCGAAUUCUUUCGAGCCCUGCAAAUGAGACCAGGAAAACAUCUGCUGGAGGAGGACGCAAAGUUCUAUGCCGCUGAGGUGAUUGCAGCGCUCGAAUACCUGCAUCUCAUGGGCUUUAUCUACCGAGACUUGAAACCAGAAAAUAUUCUGCUGCAUCAUACAGGGCAUAUUAUGUUGACAGACUUUGAUCUAUCGAAGCAAUCUUCACCAGCAGGCGAACCCACGAUUGUGAAAUCAACAUCACCAUCGACUCCUCCAGCCAUCGACACGAAGUCUUGCAUUGCUAAUUUACGGACAAAUAGUUUCGUCGGCACUGAAGAAUACAUUGCACCCGAGGUCAUCAAGGGAACCGGGCAUACAUCUUCAGUCGACUGGUGGACGUUAGGUAUCCUUAUUUAUGAGAUGUUGUUUGGGGUGACGCCGUUCAAGGGCAAGGACAGGAACGCGACCUUUGAUUCGAUCCUGCAUACGGACGUGCAGUUCCCGGAACAACCUCAGCAGGUUACAGCGCUCUGUAAAUCUUUGAUCCGGAAGCUAUUGAUCAAGGACGACCAGCUCCGACUAGGGUCGAAGGCCGGGGCGAGUGAUGUGAAGCAACAUCCGUUCUUCAAGACAACCAAUUGGGCGCUGUUGCGGCACCUGCCCCCACCGAUUAUACCCCAGCAGAGCUUUGGUGCGGACGCAAUUAAUUUCCGUCAGAUGCAUGAGAGUGUCAGUCUGGAUAUGGAUGGCGAGGAAUUGGUGCUGCAGCAGCCGGGCGCAAGGAAUCUGUUUGCCAACUUUAGUUCUGGUGAGUGCCUUUUUGAGCGGACUAAAAUACCGUCAAGGCUUAUUGCGACAUAUUGUUGUUGUUGUUGUACUUAUGCUUGUAGCCUUGCUAACGAUGCUUUGUGUUAUCAUCUACUACCGUUCUUUCUUAGUCACUUUACACCACGAUGGCGACGAUGA